GGGGGCGCUGUCCCGCCCGCUCCGCCCGCUGGGGGGCGCUGUCCCGCCCGCUCCGCCCGCUGGGGGGCGCUGUCCCGCCCGGUCACUCCGCGGGGCUCAAAGAGCGCGGGGCGGGCCCGGCCCGGGGCUCUCCCGCCUCACUCGAGGAUCGCUGAGCGCCCACGCCUGAGCAGCUCCGCAGCCACCGCCAGCAUGAACAGGGGCAUCUGGCACACCCUUAGAACGAGAAAAGAACUCAUUCCCCUGGCCGGAAUAUUGUCCAUGGCAGCAGCUGGGGCGUUCUCUUUUUGUGUCUAUUCCCUAUUCUACAAAUCUGAUGUGAUUAUUCACAAGAUUGGCAGUUCAGAACCAUGGGAAGCUGUUGACCCUUCCAAGCCUCAGAAGCUGGUAACAGUCAAUCAGAAGUGGCAGCCUAUAGAAGAGCUGGAAGAAGUCAAAAAGCUUUCGAAGUGAGACGUUUCUGUUGCCUCAAACAGAUGUUUGUAACUGGAGGAAAGCACUGGAGCAUGCAUUUCAUGGUAUUUACCCAUAUAUGCCUUCAAGAAGUGUCCAAACUCCUUCUCAGUAAUGGAUUAGCCAGUCUGUGAUAGGUUCGUGCCUUU